UGCUACUCCGUCAUUAUUCGUCCUUGCUUUAUUUCGUGGUGUUUUGUUUGUCAGCCAUCACGUUCUCUCCAGUUGGUCCUUGAACGGACCACUCAGAAACUGCCACUGUAGAGCGCAGCCCCAGUUUUUGCCCGUUAGUGCAGGCUGUGGUUGCUGCUCCGCCUGCGCAUACCGUCAAAUUACGAUUGGGGAACGAUAGGUUGCCCCCCGGGCGGAGGAUUUCCUCAAUAUUUCGCUCGUAGGGCUGUCCGGGAGUUCGCAAUUCCAUAAUUGAAUCUUACCCCCCAAGGCUUGUCGCCCGGUCUUGAGCCUCUCCCCAAGUCCCGCGCCAAAAUCAGCUCUUAUCGACGCGCUCUUGCGCCUUUUGCGCCGAAGAAUCUAAAGACCGCGCCUUGCGAUGUCUGCGGUCGGAUAGCACAUCAAUCUUGCCUACGAUGGCUUCGAAUAGCCACGAUCGCGGCAAUAACGAAGACGCCUUCCCUCCGGACCAUUCAAUUCCUUUACAAGAUUUCUCAAGAUCGACCGAUAUCGCGGCUGCGGAGGACUAUGGCAGAGAGCGCUCGGACAGCGCGGGGAGCAGAUUCCCAUCGAGACGGUCGUUUAUCGGGAGAGGAUCUUUGAGAAAUUAUGAAAGAGUCGCGGAGGAUUCCCCUGUUGAGCAGUCGACGCUAGCGAGAAACUUUCACGCUUCCAACCACAACGAUGACGAACCUCUAGUUGAGGACCCGGGGACCUUUGCCAUGGCAAUGUCGUCCUUUGGGCUCAGCUUCAACGAACCGACAAGAAGCCACGACGAUACGUCGGAACUAGACAGCAUACCCUUGGGUGCUACCAGCUCCCAUGAGCCUGAUAAUUACUUCUCACCUCCCGACGCAGACGAGGACACUGCUCCGUUGACAGACAAUAGAUACCUCCAACCUAUAAGCGGGGCCUCCAACAUCUCCAAUACGCCGCAAGAUGGGCAACGCAGUGCGCAUAGUUCCGUUCACUUCGCUGAUGGCGAUCAUACUGGUGCACGUUUGGGCGAUGAUCUACCACACUUAGAGAGCGGGUUGGGUGGUCGCAGACCUCGCGGCAGCAGUAGUGCUGGGGAUAGGUCACGUUCCUUAUCACCUUCGGCUUCUGGCUUUGCCCUGCAGCGAGCUAGUUCGAUGAUGAAGUCCAUGUCCCAGCGUGUUGUCAAUCUGAGUAACGAACCCGAGGUUGUUGAACAAUCGAUCCGCAGAGAGGAAUCCUACCAGAAUGCACGAAUGGAAGAGCCUCCGUCGCUUCCUGCCAUGGUCGAUUAUGCUCACGAUAUACCUCCUGAUGACAGACGUACGAAGCGAGCAUCAAGAAGAGCUUGGAGAGAACGCAAUAAUCCGUUUAAGGGAAGGUCUCUCGGUAUUCUAGGGCCAGACAAUCUCAUCCGAGUCUGGCUUUGUGAUAUACUGGUGCAUCCUUUCGCAGAGCCCUUCAUCUUGAUUGUAAUCCUUAUCCACACGAUUUUGAUGGCAGUCGAAUCGUCCGACGCAGUCAAGCAUACCGAACAGCCUCCGCGUUGGGGCACAUCUCCCAUUGAUUAUUGCAACUUUGCUAUUUUCAUUAUCUAUACCCUUGAACUCAUAGCGAAAAUACUGGUGUCGGGCUUACUUUUCAACCCUACCGAGUACAGUACUCUCGACCGGUCGAGUGGUUUCAGAAAAGCAGUGGCGGAAAAAGGGAAGAAUCUCAUCGCACCCCAACGGCAAUUCUCGAAGAAGGUAUCAACGGUGUUUCCAACCGAGCCACAAACUUCAAUCAUACGUACCUUCACGGGUGGCUUGAAUCAAAUGGAGCAAGAACAACAAGCGGCCGAUGACCCUUUACAAAAGCGCCGUGUCAGACUCGCCCAUCGUGCAUUUCUUCGGCACUCUUUCAACCGUCUCGACUUUAUCGCCGUGAUAUCAUUCUGGAUAUCAUUCUUUAUUUCUUUUAACAACAUUGAAAAUGACCAUAAGCUUUAUAUCUUCCGUAUGAUGAGCUGCCUUCGAUCUUUGCGUCUUCUCGCACUUACCAAUGGCACUUCUAUCAUUCUUCGGAGUCUCAAAAAGGCUGCUCCCCUGCUGGUCCAUGUUGCCUUCCUUAUAUGUUUCUUUUGGCUGCUCUUUGCCAUCAUCGGGAUCCAAAGCUUCAAGUCAAGUUUCAAACGAACUUGUAAAUGGAUUGACCCAGAUAAUAAAAGCAACUAUACUCGGAAUGACUCGGAUAGUCUUCAAUUGUGUGGUGGAUACCUUGACAAGCACAACGGGACGAAAAUGCCCUGGCUCAGAGACAAUGGUGACUGGAGCGGAUAUAGUCCAAAGGGGUACAUCUGCCCUAAAGGGUCUAUAUGUAUGGAAGGCGAAAACCCUUACGGUGGGACAGUGCAUUUUGACAAUUUAUUGAAUUCGCUGGAACUCGUUUUUGUCAUCAUGAGUUCAAACACAUUCACGGACCUCCUAUACUACAUGACUGAUAGUGACUACCUUCCGGCUGCGCUUUUCUUCGCUUGUGGUUUUCUCAUUCUAAGUUUGUGGCUAGUCAACUUAUUGGUUGCAGUUAUUACACACACUUUCCAGGUCAUUCGAGAAGAGAGCAAACGAAGUGCUUUUGCUAUCCAGAAGAUCGACACGAUUGAUAGGGAGGAUGUAUCUCCUGACAAAAUGAGCCCCCUCAAACGGUUGUACGACAAAACCGAGUGGUUCUGGGUCUGCGUCAUUAUCUUCGACCUCGUUAUUCAGGCCUUGACAAGUGCAUCCAUGGGAGAUAGUCGGAAAAAAUUAAUUCUUGACACUGAGAUCGUCGUCACCUUUGUGCUUCUUUUUGAAAUCACCCUCCGCUUUGUUUCUGAUUGGCGCAGAUUUCACAAGAAACGCCGCAACUGGUUCGAUUUGGGGCUUGCAAUCGUUACUUGCAUUAUCCAAAUCCCUGCCAUCAGAGAUUCGGGGCGCCCAUACUCCGUUCUCACUCUCUUCCAGAUUAUUAGGGUGUAUCGGGUUGUGUUGGCGUUUCCGGUUACCAGGAACCUCAUUACAGUUGUCUUUCGAAAUGCAACUGGUUUACUAAACCUCAUAGCAUUUGUGUUUCUGAUCACAUUCCUCGCGGCUAUAUUCGCAACUCAGCUUUUCCGCGGCCAGUUUGAAGAUGACGCCAGUAGCAGUAUAACAUUUGCGGACAUCUACAACGCAUUUCUUGGGAUGUACAUAAUCCUGUCGAGCGAGAACUGGACGGACAUACUGUACGAUGCGACUUCACUCACUGUUCGAUAUAAAACCUCAUGGAUUUCUGCGACCUUUUUAAUACUCUGGUUCAUUGUGGCUAACUUCAUAGUUUUGAAUAUGUUCAUUGCUGUCAUUCAAGAGAGCUUUGAUGUAUCAGAAGAUGAGAAGCGACUUCACCAAGUCAGAGCAUUCUUAGAGCAGAAACAUGUGAAUGGGCCGUCGCAAGGAAACUUGUCACUUACGAAGAUCUUCAUGCUGGGGCGUGAUACAGAGCGCUAUAAAGAUCCCCUGGAUCAUGGGCCAGCGGCCUUGGAAAUGCUACUGAAGGAUGCCGUUGUCCAGGACUUUCUUGAUGAGCAAGAUACACCUGUUGAAAGCAAUAGAAGAGAAAGCGUGCUUCCAGAUGCAACGACGGAAGAGACAGCUCAGCAACCAGGUUGGGUAUCCAAAAUGUGGACAUCGGCUUCAACGAAAGUUAUGCGUCGAGAACCAAAUCCGUUCUAUUCCAAAUUGAAAUUCUCCCGUGCAUAUGAAGAGCUGGAUCCAAAGGCAAUGGCCAGAGAGGUUGUGUCGGCUGCAGAACAAAGAAAGCGGGCGCAACGGGAGUUUCUUGUGAAACACCCAACUUACAACACGUCAUUGUUCCUCUUUGCACCUAAUAACCCCUUCCGGAAACUCUGUCAGCGUAUAGUUGGCCCGGGUCGUGGGCAUCAGCGGGUCGAAGGUGUGGACCCAUACAAGCCUGUGUGGUAUACCUUCUCUGCCUUCAUCUAUGCAGCCAUCGUUGCCAUGGUUGUUCUUGCGUGCGUGACGACCCCGAUAUAUCAACAGACACAUUUCAACAAGAACCGAAGUUGGUUUGUAUUCACCGACAUGGGGUUCGCAAUCUUGUUCACAAUCGAGGCAACAAUCAAGGUGGUUGCAGAUGGUUUCUUCUGGACUCCCAACGCAUACUUCCGCAGCUCAUGGGGGUUUAUCGAUGGAAUCGUUUUGGUCACUCUUUGGAUCAGUGUUGGCAGCGUGCUGUAUAAUGACUGGGGGAUUUCUCGCCCAAUCGGGGCAUUCAAAGCAUUGAGAGCACUGAGACUCUUGAACGUCAGUGACAGUGCCAAGGAUACCUUCCAUUCUGUGAUCAUCGUUGGAGGCUGGAAAGUCAUUUCUGCUGCUGCCGUUUCGCUGAGUUUUUUGAUUCCAUUCGCUAUCUAUGGAGUGAAUUUGUUCAAUGGCCAAAUGAUGCAAUGCAAUGACGGUGAUUUCUCCGGCAACUUGGACUAUUGUCUCAACGAGUUUAAGAAUUCACCUUACAAUUGGGAUGUCCUCUCUCCACGCGCUGUGUCAAAUCCGCCAUACGACUUUGACAACUUUGGAGACUCCCUUUUUAUUCUUUUCCAGAUUGUGUCCCAGGAAGGCUGGGUUGACGUUCAAGACAGUGUAAUGGGCAUUACCGGAGUAGGCCAGCAGCCUGAGGACUACACGGCACCCGCAAAUGGGCUGUUCUUCGUCGUGUUCAACCUGCUUGGGAGCGUCUUCGUCCUGACGUUGUUCGUAUCUGUGUUCAUGCGUAACUACACGGAGCAGACUGGUGUCGCUUUCCUGACUGCCGAACAACGAUCAUGGCUCGAACUGCGAAAGCUUCUUCGGCAAAUAUCACCAUCCAAACGCUCUUUCUUUACCAAGAACAGGCAGUGGAAGAAGUGGUGCUAUCGGGUCGCUGUCAAGAAACAUGGCCCUUGGGCAAGAUUUGUGACUAUCGUCCUCUUGCUUCACCUCACAUUGCUGUGUCUGGAAUACUACUCCGAACCCCCGAUCUGGGAAUUGAUACGAUCGGCGUUAUUUUUCGCAUUCACGUUCGUGUAUUCGGCCAAUGUCAUUAUCCGAAUGGCUGGAUUGGGCUGGCACCGAUUUAGCCGGAGUUCUUGGGAUCUAUACUCAUUAAUUGCCGUGCCUGGAACUAUGGUCGCAACCGUUCUCAGCUUCGUGAUCAAAAAUAGCCAGGCCAUUGAUAAGCUGAACAAGCUUUUCUUAGUGUCUAUUACGCUCUUGCUUAUUCCUCGGAACAACCAGCUCGACCAGUUGUUCAAGACGGCGGCUGCCAGUUUUACGGCAAUUGGGAACCUCCUGGCUACGUGGAUUGUCCUGUUCCUUGUCUACGCAAUCGCAAUGAACCAAACGUUUGGCCUCACGAAAUUCGGAGAAAACGAGACCAACGAUAUUAACUUUAGGGAUAUCCCAAGGUCUCUUAUUCUUCUUUUUAGGACAAGCUGUGGUGAGGGAUGGAACGACCUCAUGGAAGAUUUUGCGACCAUGGUACCGCCGAUAUGCACCAGAAAUGAUGAUUUUCUGCAGGACGAUUGUGGCAGUGCAGCCUGGGCUCGGUCGCUCUUUAUCUCCUGGAACAUCAUCAGCAUGUACAUCUUUGUCUCUCUGUUUGUGUCGCUGAUCUUCGAGAGCUUUUCGUAUGUGUACCAGAGAAGCAGCGGGCUAUACGUGAUCAGUCGGGAGGAUAUUCGCCGUUUCAAACAGGCAUGGGCUACGUAUGAUCCGGAUGGAACUGGGUUCAUCUCCAAGGACCAGUUUCCCAGAUUGCUUGGAGAACUUUCGGGCAUCUUUGAGAUGCGGAUUUACGAUGGCGAGUUCACGACUCGGAGCAUACUGGAACGAUGCAGAGUCGAGCCUCGUGAAUCGAUGCGUCCACAUUCGAGGGUUGUUGGGGGAGUUGAUCUCGACGAAUUAUCCAAAGCCCUGCGGAACCUUCCAGUCGAAACGAUUCGUGAACGACGACAGCGACUGAAUAUCUUCUAUGAGGAAGUGCUAGUGUCUGCAGACCCUGACCGAGGCAUAUCUUUCCAUUCUUGCCUGAUGAUCCUUGCCCAUUACAAUGUCAUCAGCGAUAGCAAGAGUUUGAAGCUGGAUGAAUUCCUGCGCCGUCGUGCGCGACUGCAACGCGUGGAAGAAGCUGUCCGCCGCAACACAGUAAUUGGCUUCUUUGAUACACUGUACUGGUCUCGCGAAUUCCGCCGACGGGUCGACCACAAGAAGUCGGCGCGGAUGAGUGGGGUGCCUCAAUUCCAAUUUACCGUACCGGAGAUUUUUGUGGAUGGCGCGCAGCAUGACGACCAAGCCGACGCGGGCGUGACGCAGGCACCUGAUGCAACAACAGUGAACAGCGAAGAGGAUCCAUCACAACCCAUGCUGUCGCCAUCGUCGCGCAGUCGAGGCAACUCCAGCCCAACAUCACGGGUGGGCAGCCUACCGCGAAUAGACACGAGCCAACCUGGUCGCAUGGCCGUGGCCGGACCAUCGACCGAGUGGUCUAGCAUCAGUCCGUCACUAUCGCCGCGGCGGGAACGGGCCCACACGACAUCAUCGUAUGGAGACGGACCACCUGAACUAGAAGAAACGCGGGGAGGAGCAGACCAUUCGCGACAGAACAGUGCGAUGAGUGUGCAAGAUGUGAUGGAGUCGUUUGAUAACUCCGCCUGGGGUGAGAGUAUCCGACGUAGCUUCACACAACGACGGUCGAAUUAGGCGAUGUAAAAAGUGAAAAGGGGU